AUGGUGGCUCCAUGCGUGUGGGACGUGUCCCAGGGCCGGUUCGCCGCGGAGCCUCUAGGGAUCGUGAGCCCCAAGAACAAGCCACCGGCGCUUGAGAACGCUUUCGCUGUGCCUGCCGAUCCUGCCGACGUUGAUGCCUCUUCUUACUUGUGUGUCAAGCGUGAGGCCAAGGGUGGUGGAGUGGGGGACUGCCUGUCGUACACCCCCCCGACCACCACCACUACAACCACUACGACCACAACCACCCCGUGGACCCCCCCCAACAAGCCACCUGUGGGCUUCCAGUUUACUAGCUGCCCGACUCGUGACGGGAUUCAGAUUGCUUGCGAAGCUUUCGCGGGCGAGUGCUUCAGGGAGUGUGCCGUCUAUUGCAUGGCUGAUCAGGACUGCACAUCUUAUACCUUGCUGUAUGAGACUGGCGGAACCAACCAAUUUUGUCGGUUCCACUUUGGCUAUGACUCUAAUUACACUUCAUCUUUGGAGGCAGACUCUCUGUGCUUCAUCAAAGUCAGCCAAGCUCAAGUAGAACUCUGUCAAGCCCCGCCAUUGUUGCAGCCGUCUUUUUCGUUUGGUGGCUUUGUGACAGAACUGGUCAAUGUCUCUGACUCGGCCUUGUGGAGGCUCAGGUCCACGGAAAGCAAGAAGUGCUUAGAUGUGUCAGACAGAUCCACAAGCGGCUCUACAUUGGCAAUGCGUACCAACAUGACAAAAUGCCGUCCCGAGACUCAGGCCAGGGGUCAGGUCCUUGGCUCGAUGCCGCUGAUCCAUAUUCUUUCGGAGAUGCUCAGUGGCGUCGAGUCUGCGCCUACGCGGCGUGCUGAACGACAAAGCACCAUCAAAGGUAUGUUUUUGUCAGUGGACUGUGGUGAGUUCCCGAUCGAGUCCUUCACUUUCGGGGGAAGUAACCGGAGCUGUGCGAGAGGAGCGUCUUUCGGUAAAGAAGUGGAGAGUCACGUGAUGUUCAUGGACAAGGAUCAUAAUUUCGGAACCCUUCAUGCGCUGCUCUGUCCCCCUGGCAUGCUCAUCACCCGGCUCGUGAAAGAUUCCCAUGAUUUCAAUGUGACUGUGGCCUGCUCUUAUUUCGCGAGUUUGGGUGCAUGUGUACCGAUGUACAGCAAACAAACACGUCGAGAGUCAAUUGAUGAUGAAGGUUUUCAAAUCCCGAUUUCUUGCCCUCCAAAGUAUGGUCUGAUGGGUAUGGAGCCAGAGGUCUCAGGCGAUGAGUUUCGAUUCCGGUACGACUGCUGCACGAUAUCAGGAGUUCCUAUUGCCAUCACUCCCACAGGACGCAUCGUACAUGGAUUGCUGCCAUGGGAAGGCGUCUAUUGCCCGGUGGAGAGGGACAUAACUGGUCGCUUAACCUACAAGCAGAUGAACUCCUUCCGCCCAUCUGCCAAACUUCUACAGCACCAACUCUUCUACAACAAGGAGAAGGGGAUGUGGUGCCCGAGCACGGAGGGCUUCGUGACUUUUGAUCAAAUGUGCUUGACGUUGACUGAAGCAGCCGCAGCUGAUGACCCUGACUGCCGCCUCGUUGCAUUCGAGCCUUGUAACCACGAGGACGAGCAGCGUUGGACAUGGCGCGAACAGUACCUGGCCAACAAAGCGGGAGGGCAAGUCCUGCAUUUUGAGGAGGAGAAGCUUUGCGCAAAACCUCAGAACCUUUCACAGGCUACCCACCAGUUCUUACAUCUUGAUGCAGAGGGCCAGUUGGUCUCACAGUCGAGGCUUUGCUUGGCGGCAAAGCAUCCAGAAAUUGUUGCGUCUGCAGGCGUCUACACGUUGAGCAAGAGGACGGUGCCUUGUCCCAUGGGCCAGCACAUCGAGGACCUCAAGGAGUGCGAAGAUGCUGCACAACAGCUCGGUCUCAACUCAACCGUCCAGCGAGCUUGCAACAAGGAAGCAAUGGCGUGGUGCCACGUGUACUGGAACAACGGACCGCAGGUAUGGUGGAACGGCUGCUCAACUUCGGAUACGCUUAAUCGUCAAGCGAUCUGCAAAGGAGGCUUCCCCGCAAUCGCCUUGGAUUGCGAUAGCGCUGACGGCAUGUCUGACAGCAUGAGGGUAGUCAGACACUUCAGUACUCCCUUGCCGACCUGCGCUGCCUCAGACUCCGAGUUUCCGGUCGGAGUGCAUGGUGAAGUGCUCGAGGGGUCAUUUGAAUGGCAGGUGGUCUCGGCCAGCCUCUUCGAUGGAGACUUCAGCGCCAAGGGUCCGCAGAGUGGAGCCCGUGGACAGCCACGGCCCAAGCCCAAACUGCUCAAAUUCAAGGCGAAGCAGUUUGAGCAGAGGCCAGAAUGCAAGACCUUGACGUUUUCAGGAUAUGAGUCGCUCAGUGAUGACAACCCUUGCAAAUACGUUUCGGGGCCACCAACGAAAACGCGCGAGGAGGCGACAGAGGCUCAGGAACAGGGACAAGCGAGCUUCAUGGAGGGUGACUAUGACGAAGACAUGGCGAAGGGGCCUCAACGGUCAAAAGCAGGGCAAGGCUACACUUACGCCAACAUUUUCGGUUGCUUCAAACGCGAAUUCAACAGGCAGCGAUCCUAUGAACAGACAGAGUUGGGUUGGACUGCUGGUGCUUCGACAGCACAGGCAUUCUUGAAGUUGACAGUUCGCAAUGGGUGCGCUUUCAUCCCGGGCUUGAUUCUGGCACCAUUCGGAGCUGGAGUUGAGGGAGAAACUGGCCACGACUUGUGCGAGUACCUGACAGAUGCCGCAGGUGAUACGAUCACUGCCGCCAAGGAUUUAAAGCUACUCGUGGCGAAAAAAGAGUGGUGGGGAGCGCAGUUGGCCGACUGCACGAGCACAAAGUCAUCAUUCGCCCGAAUCUUCUGUGACCUGUUUUGCAUCAAGGAUGCAGUGGUGGAUGGCGACCGAAUCAUCAAUGAGAACAUUGAGGGGGCCGCUGCGACACUCAAUUCCAACAUGAACGCCUUGAUGGAGUACUACACUGGACUUGUGGGUGACAAAGUCGAUGAGUUAAAAGAAGACGUGCAGAGCUUGGGGAGUAGCCCAAAGGGGUUGUUUCAGAUGCUUUCAGAGGUGAAGUCCAUGGUAACCAGCUCCCCGGGCACCGCCACAACGAGCGCCCUGCAGCGCUCCAUCCAGCAGUUUCAACAACUUGCAAGGAGCUCCAACAUCACGAGCUCAUGGAGCUCCUUGCAGAAAAAGGCGCAACAACUUCGUGGUUUAGCACGGCAGGAGCAAGCUCUUCCUCGUAAGCGUAGAACCAUGCAAGUUGCCGAAAACGUUGCAAAAGCUGCCGUCCAUAUCAACGAACUGGCGCUUUCACGAUCGAAGCUCCUGGGUGUCUACAAGCGGAAGUCACACCAUGUCAGUCUUCGGCAGCGCCAGUUGCUGCAUCACUUCAAGGAUUUCCUUGCAGAGGGUGUGCUUAAUGUGGACCAGUAUGUUGCGGAAUUUCUCUUGGAGCUGGACAAGACAUGGUGGCCCCUACGCCGCGUUCUUGAAGAUUAUUACGAACAAGCGCAAGUGCAAGUACAAACCUACUCAGAGGCUGCUGCGAUGCUGCAGGAUUACACUUCAUCUUGUCAUCAUGACUUUCGCACAGUCCAUGCAGGCUACAAGAAAGUCAUGGCUAUCGAGGAUGCCACUCACAAAGUCUUGCAGGAGAGCUGGCGCAGUGCUGCAAAUUUCUUUGGCCUCCUUGCAGCAAAGAUCUCGGAUGGCGAUGGCUUCUGGCGUCUUGCGAAGGCUGAUUUGGGCAGAGAGCUGCCUCACACGGAGAAUUUCAAACUGCACCUGUGCAACGGCAACGCUUCGCUGCUCAUGGACUCGGUGAACGACAUCUUCGCUCAGGGCCUUGCAGGCCAGACGCUUUCCCAAGUGCUUGCCGCCUUGGAUGACAUCGCACUUUUGGUGGAUCGCAUGUACUUCGCCGGCUUACCCGUGAAGACCAAUGCAGUGGAGCAGGCUGCGGAGAGGAUCGUCACAGCGUGGAGCGAUGCGAAGGAGCUUCUGCCGAUACUUGCUGAGAGCACCUUUAACGACGCAAAGCUUCUUCAGUGUGGUGGCAUUCAACAUUGA